CUUCUUCUGCCUUGGGCAGACCACGCGGCCGCGCAGCUGGUGUCUCCGGCUGGUCUGUAACCCGUGGUUUGAGCACGUCAGCAUGCUGGUCAUCAUGCUCAACUGCGUCACCCUGGGCAUGUUCCGGCCUUGCGAGGACGUCAAGUGCCGCUCGGAGCGCUGCAGCAUCCUGGAGGCCUUCGACGACUUCAUCUUCGCCUUCUUCGCGGUGGAGAUGGUCAUCAAGAUGGUUGCCCUGGGGCUGUUUGGGCAGAAGUGCUACCUGGGUGACACGUGGAACAGGCUGGACUUCUUCAUCGUCAUGGCAGGCAUGAUGGAGUACUCCCUGGAUGGACACAACGUGAGCCUCUCGGCCAUCAGGACAGUACGUGUGCUCCGGCCCCUCCGCGCCAUCAACCGUGUGCCCAGCAUGCGUAUCCUGGUCACACUGCUGCUGGACACCCUGCCCAUGCUGGGGAACGUGCUCCUGCUGUGCUUCUUCGUCUUCUUCAUCUUUGGCAUCGUGGGCGUCCAGCUGUGGGCCGGCCUGCUGCGCAACCGCUGCUUCCUGGACAGCGCUUUCGUCAGGAACAACAACCUCACCUUCCUGCGGCCAUACUACCAGACAGAGGAGGGCGACGAGAACCCCUUCAUCUGCUCCUCACGCCGAGACAACGGCAUGCAGAAGUGCUCGCACAUCCCCAGCCGCCGUGAGCUGCGUGUGGAGUGCACGCUGGGCUGGGAGGCCUAUGGGCAGCCGCAGGCCGAGGGCAUGGGCGGCAUCGGCCACAAUGCCUGCAUCAACUGGAACCAGUAUUACAACAUCUGCCGCUCCGGCGACUCCAACCCCCACAACGGCGCCAUCAACUUCGACAACAUUGGCUACGCCUGGAUCGCCAUCUUCCAGGUGAUCACCCUGGAGGGCUGGGUGGACAUCAUGUAUUACGUCAUGGAUGCCCACUCCUUCUACAACUUCAUCUACUUCAUUCUGCUCAUCAUCGUGGGCUCCUUCUUCAUGAUCAACCUGUGCCUGGUGGUGAUCGCUACGCAGUUCUCAGAGACGAAGCAGCGGGAGAACCAGCUGAUGCGGGAGCAGCGCGCCCGCUACCUGUCCGAUGACAGCACGCUGGCCAGCUUCUCAGAGCCGGGCAGCUGCUACGAAGAGCUGCUCAAGUACGUGGGCCACAUCUGCCGCAAGGUGAAGCGGCGCAGCCUGCGCCUCUAUGCACGCUGGCAGAGCCGUUGGUGCAAGAAGGUGGACCCCAACAGUGCCCUACACGGACAGGGCCCCGGGCACCAGCCGCGGCGGGCAGGCAGGCGUGCAGCCUCCAUUCACCAUCUGGUCUACCACCAUCACCACCACCACCACCACCACUACCACUUCAGCCACGGCAGCCCACGCCGGCCUGGCCCUGAGCAGGGCACCAGAGACGCCAGUCUGGUACAGGCUAGAGCACUGCCCUCACCACCCUCACCUGGCCCUGGGCCACUCGAUGCCGAGUCAGUGCACAGUGUGUACCACGCAGACUGCCACGUGGAAGGGCCACAGGAGAGGGCCCAGGUGGUGCAAGCUGCGGCCACCAACAACAACCUGAAGCUGGCCAUGGGGCUGGGCGCCAUGAAUUACCCCACCAUCCUGCCCUCAGCAACUGGUGGUGGCAAAGGUGGCACCAGCCCUGGGCCCAGGGGAAAGCGGGCCAGUAGGACACCGGGAGCUGGAGGGCAUAGCUCCCUUAGCCUGAGCAGCCAUGACCCCUAUGAGAAGAUCCAGCAUUUGGUUGGGGAACAUGGACUGGGCCGGGCCCCCAGCCGCCUCUCAGGCCUGAGUGUGCCCUGUCCCCUGCCCAGCCCCCAGGCGGGCACGCUGACCUGCGAGCUGAAGGAUUGUCCGUACUGCGCUAGCGCCCUGGGAGACCCUGAGUUUGAGUUCAGCGACUCAGAGAGCGGAGACUCAGACGGCAACAUGGUCUAUGAGUUCACACAGGACGUGCGGCACGGGGACCACCGUGACCCCAUGCAGCCGACCCCAGGGGGGGACACACCCGCCCAGGGCGGUGUGCGGAGGCGGGCACAGCAGCGGAUGGCCUCUGGCAAGCAUGGCGGGCUUGGCCGUGUGUGGGCUGCUGUCAGUGGCAAGCUGCGCAGGAUCGUGGACAGCAAGUACUUCAACCGCGGCAUCAUGAUGGCCAUCCUCACCAACACGCUGAGCAUGGGCGUUGAGUACCACGAGCAGCCGGAUGAACUGACCAAUGCCCUGGAGAUCAGCAACAUCGUGUUCACCAGCAUGUUUGCCCUGGAGAUGCUGCUGAAGCUGCUGGCCUGUGGCCCACUGGGCUAUAUCCGGAACCCCUACAACAUCUUUGACGGCAUCAUCGUGGUCAUCAGCGUCUGGGAGAUCAUCGGGCAGGCGGACGGUGGCCUGUCGGUGCUGCGGACCUUCCGGCUGCUGAGGGUGCUGAAGCUGGUGCGCUUCAUGCCUGCACUGCGGCGCCAGCUGGUGGUGCUCAUGAAGACCAUGGACAACGUGGCCACCUUCUGCAUGCUGCUCAUGCUGUUCAUCUUCAUCUUCAGCAUCCUGGGUAUGCACCUCUUUGGCUGCAAGUUCAGCCUGAAAACAGACACUGGAGACACAGUGCCUGACCGGAAGAACUUUGACUCGCUGCUAUGGGCCAUCGUCACCGUGUUCCAGAUCCUCACCCAGGAGGACUGGAAUGUCGUCCUCUACAACGGCAUGGCCUCCACCUCCUCCUGGGCCGCCCUCUACUUCGUGGCCCUGAUGACCUUUGGCAACUACGUGCUCUUCAACCUGCUGGUGGCCAUCCUGGUGGAGGGCUUCCAGGCGGAGGGUGACGCCAACAGAUCUGACACAGAUGAAGACAAGACAUCCACUCACCUGGAGGAGGAUUUCGACAAGUUCAGAGACCUCAGGGCAGCAGAGAUGAAGAUGUACUCCCUGGCCGUGACACCCAACGGGCACCUGGAGGGCCAAGGCAGCCUGCCCCCUCCUGUCAUCAUGCGCACGGCAGCCACGCCCAUGCCCACCCCCAAGAGCUCCCCAAACCUGGACGCGGCCCAUAGCCUCCUGGACUCUCGGCGUGGCAGCAGCAGCUCCAUGGACCCUCAGCUGGGGGACCAGAAGUCUCUGUCCAGCCUCCGCAGCUCUCCAUGUACCCACUGGGGCCCCAACAGUGCCUGGAGCAGCCGGCGCUCAAGCUGGAACAGCCUGGGUCGCGCGCCCAGCCUCAAGCGCCGGAGCCAGUGCGGGGAGCGGGAGUCCCUGCUGUCCGGAGAGGGCAAAGGCAGCACAGACGAGGAGGCCGAGGAUGGCAGGCCCAAGGUGGGAGCCUCACCCUGCACACAUGCCACCCCACUACGGCGUACUGAGUCCCUGGACCACCGCGGCACGUUGGACGUGCAGCCCCUGCGGCCAGCCACCCUGCUGCCCACCAAGCUCCACGACUGCAACGGGCAGAUGCUGGCCCUGCCCAGCGAGUUCUUCCUGCGCAUAGACAGCCACAAGGAGGACCCAGCCGAGUUUGACGAUGACAUGGAGGAUAGCUGCUGCUCACGCCUGCGCAAGGUGCUGGAGCCCUAUAAACCCGAGUGGUGUCGGAACCGUGAGCCCUGGUCGCUGUACCUUUUCUCCCCACAGAACAGGUUCCGCGCCUCCUGCCAAAAAGUCAUCGCUCACAAGAUGUUCGAUCACGUCGUCCUGGUUUUCAUCUUUCUCAACUGCAUCACCAUCGCCCUGGAGAGGCCAGACAUCGAUCCCGGGAGCACCGAGCGCAUCUUUCUCAGCGUCUCCAACUACAUCUUCACGGCAAUCUUCGUGGCUGAGAUGAUGGUGAAGGUGGUGGCCCUAGGCCUGGUCUCGGGGGAGCAUGCCUACCUGCAGAGCAGCUGGAAUGUGCUGGACGGGCUGCUGGUCCUGGUGUCCCUGGUCGACAUCAUCGUGGCCAUGGCCUCUGCGGGUGGUGCCAAGAUCCUGGGCAUCCUGCGUGUGCUGCGCCUGCUGCGGACACUCCGGCCUCUGAGGGUCAUUAGCCGUGCUCCUGGCCUCAAGCUGGUGGUGGAGACCCUGAUAUCGUCUCUUAGGCCCAUCGGCAACAUCGUUCUCAUCUGCUGUGCCUUCUUCAUCAUCUUCGGCAUCCUUGGGGUGCAGCUCUUCAAGGGCAAGUUCUACUACUGCGAGGGCACCGACACCAGGAACAUAUCCACCAGGGCAGAGUGCCAGGCUGCCCACUACCGCUGGGUGCGGCGCAAGUACAACUUCGACAACCUGGGCCAGGCGCUGAUGUCCCUGUUCGUGCUCUCCUCCAAGGACGGCUGGGUGAACAUCAUGUAUGAUGGGCUGGACGCCGUGGGCAUAGACCAGCAGCCGGUGCCCAACCACAACCCCUGGAUGCUGCUCUACUUCAUCUCCUUCCUGCUCAUCGUCAGCUUCUUCGUGCUCAACAUGUUUGUGGGUGUCGUGGUGGAGAACUUCCACAAGUGCCGGCAGCACCAGGAGGCCGAGGAGGCGCGGCGGCGCGAGGAGAAGCGGCAGCGGCGCCUGGAGAGAAAACGCAGGAGCACUUUGCCCAACCCAGAGGCCCAGCGCCGGCCCUACUACGCUGACUACUCGCCCACUCGCCGCUCCAUCCACUCGCUGUGCACCAGCCACUACCUCGACCUUUUCAUCACCUUCAUCAUCGGGGUCAACGUCAUCACCAUGUCCAUGGAGCACUACAACCAGCCCAAGUCACUGGAUGAGGCCCUCAAGUACUGCAACUACGUGUUCACCAUUGUCUUCGUCUUUGAGGCUGUGCUAAAACUGGUGGCAUUUGGGUUCCGGAGAUUCUUCAAGGACAGGUGGAACCAGCUGGACCUGGCGAUCGUGCUGCUGUCCAUCAUGGGCAUCACGCUAGAGGAGAUCGAGAUGAGCGCGGCACUGCCCAUCAACCCCACCAUCAUCCGCAUUAUGCGCGUGCUCCGCAUCGCCCGAGUGCUGAAGCUGCUCAAGAUGGCCACAGGCAUGCGCGCCCUGCUGGACACGGUGGUUCAAGCGCUGCCCCAGGUAGGGAACCUCGGCCUACUUUUCAUGCUCCUGUUUUUUAUCUAUGCUGCCCUGGGAGUGGAGCUGUUCGGGAGGCUUGAGUGCAGUGAGGACAACCCAUGUGAGGGCCUGAGCAGGCACGCCACCUUCUCCAACUUCGGCAUGGCCUUCCUCACGCUGUUCCGAGUGUCCACGGGGGACAACUGGAACGGGAUCAUGAAGGACACGCUGAGGGAGUGUGCCCGUGAAGACAAGCACUGCCUAACCUACCUGCCAGCCAUCUCGCCCAUCUACUUUGUCACCUUUGUGCUGGUGGCCCAGUUUGUGCUGGUCAACGUGGUGGUGGCCGUGCUCAUGAAGCACCUGGAGGAGAGCAACAAGGAGGCCCGCGAGGACGCCGAACUGGAUGCUGAGCUCGAGCUGGAGAUGGCGCAGGAGCUGCCCGCUCAUCCCAGGCCCACAGCCCCGCAGAGCCCCAGCACUGGGCCCGAGGCCCCCAACCUCCCGGUUGCUCGAAAGGUAUCCGUGUCCAGGAUGCUCUCCCUGCCCAACGACAGCUACAUGUUCCGGCCUGUGGCACCCGCCUCAGCCCCUCACCGCCAUCCACUGCAGGAGGUAGAAAUGGACACCUACGUGGGCACCACCUCCUCCGGCUUGGUCACCGAGCGCUCACCACCUGUGAAGUCCUGCGCCUCCCUCCAGGUCUCGUCCUCCCCUACCAGGGGCAGCAGCACCCUCCUCACCCUGCCCCCUCGGGCCACAGCCCACUCCCCCAGCUUUAGCCGCCUACUCUGCAGACAGGAGGCCCUACACACCAGCUCCCUGGAAGCAGAGGUUGACGGCCCUGCGGACUGUGGCCCUGACUUGGGGGAGCCUUGCGGGAAGACCCCCUCAAAGCAGGCAUCCCUGGGGGACUCCCUGAGGUCGCCUCCGCACUCCCCAAGGCCCGCCAGUGUCUGUACCCGAAAGCACCCUUUCGGUCAGAGCUGCACCUCCAGCCAGCCGGCGGCCACAGGCGGGGAGGAGGUGGAGGCCCCAGACCCAGCCGACGAGGAGGUCAGCCACAUCACCAGCUCGGCCCGCAGCCCCUCGCCCGAGGCCCGCGCGGCGGUGGGCGGCAAGCCAGACCCCUGCAGGCGCUACGGUGUCGACGCCCAGCCCAGCCGGGCAGACCCGCACCAGCGGCCCGCGGCGGAGCAGGGCGGAGGGGACAGCCGCUCAGAGACGGCGGAGCUUAAGGCCCAGGCACUGGAGGCCGAGCCAGCCCCAGGCGCCCGCAGGAAGAAGAAGAUGAGCCCCCCUUGCAUCUCCAUAGACCCCCCCAUGGAGGACGAGGGUGCAGCCUGGCCCCCUGUAGCAGAGGGUGGCAGUACCACCCUGCGGCGGAGAACCCCAUCCUGUGAGCCCAUGGAGGGCAUGGGGGUGGACCCUACCGCCAAGGGGGAGCGGUGGGGCCAGGUUCCCUGCCGUGCAGAGCACCUGACCAUCCCCAGCUUUGCCUUCGAGCCGUUGGACAUGGGGGGCCCCAGCGGAGACCUAUUCUUGGACAGUGGUCACAGGGUGGCCCCAGAACCCAGAGCUUCCUCGGGGAUCACAGCACCCACUGAACCCCACAAAACAGAGUCUCCUAUGCCCUCCAAUGAUCCCCCAGAGAAGGGAUGGGGGCUGUACCUCAAAGUCCCCCAGAGUCCUCCAAAGAAAGCAGGGUCCCCCCCAGCCAGUCCCACACCAGGCGACAGUGUGGAUGAGCCUGUGUAGCUGGGGGCACAAUGCCACACAGGCUUGGCACGGGUUGGGGUGUAUCCAGUGGGGUGGUGGCCCCACACAGGGCCAUGCAUGGACCCCAGCUCAGGCCCCACCCUGGGCAGAGGAGCCGGAAAACGUCUGCCCGGGGGAGGGAGGCAGACGCUGCUCUGGGGAAGAGCAACAAGGUUAGCUCCUCGGACUGCGAGCCUGUCACUCAGGUUUGGGUGUUUCUGUUUCCCCGCUGUGGUCUGAGACUGCUGGCAGCCUGGUCAGCAGUCCCUCCAUGAGAGAGUCAUGGGACAAGGCCCAGAAAGCAACCAAAAGGAAAACAGCAGAGGCUGCCCAGCAGAGUCCCAUCCUCACAUCCACUUAUUUUAUAGGGAACACAUGCUUGGGGCCACUGUGCCCUUGCGGGUGGCAGCUCAGUCCCCCAAGGCCCCCGCCUCCUUGCUUCACCAUUGCUCACAGUCUGAGCUCCCACCCAUCUGUCCUGACCCCCCAUUGCUGUCUCUCCAUCUCCCCACCGUGCUGUCCAGAAAACACCCAUUGACUCUGGUCUCUGUGAAACGCCGACCCACCAGGAGUGGGAGCCAAGACCCCCAGUGCCCAGCACCUCCAGCGGCCGUCCUGGCGACUGAGCAGAGCCGUUUCCACUGACGCCCCUUUGUUUUAUUCUGUUUCUUUUAUAAAUUCAGGUUAAACGUUGCAAUAAUCGGAUGCAGAAAAUUCAGCUCUGAAGUCAAGGGAAGGGGGGCAGAGCAAAGCAGAAUAAAUAUUAACUUAUUUAAGGAA